UCACGAAUGACGUCGUGAUUUUAUACAAUUUUUAUUUGCAAUAAAUGCGUCGAAUGUAUCUCGAUUCUUGGAUUUCAGAUUUAAGUGACAACGUGCUGGCUUUGGAAAAACUCACAAUGAGGAGGCAACGGAUUCUAACGUUACUGCUAACCGCUUUAGAGAGUCUCCUAAAAAAACAGACGUAUGUUCAGCAGAUGUACGGAGAACGAGGCGUCAAGAUUGUCACUGGGAUCUUCGUAAAAUGCCUCUACCAAAAGAACGAGGACUCCCAAGUGGAUCAACGACUUUUGCUAGCGACCGGUUGCUACGUUUGGGAGUGCAUAGCGCGAUGUCCGAACAAUCUUCAAAUCUUCCUGAAAGCUGGCGGCCUGUAUUCCAUGCUAGAUAUCAUCGAGACGACAGGUUAUCCAGUGAGAUGCCUGUACCUUGGUGCACUUACCGAUAUGUGCGAUUGCACCUUUUGUGGACCGUUCCUCUGCACAUGGAGAGGCGCGGAUAAGAAGACAGGAUUGAUGUCCUUGCUCGCAUCUGUCUGGAGACAGGAGGAAGAUAGACUCGGCAUCAAAAGACGUGCCAAUGGCUGCAUAGCAGAUCCAGAAUUGCCGCAAAUGAGUACGCACCAAUGGACUGACACGUAUCGUUCGAAGUUCACGGCAGACGUCAGUCCCACUAUCGUCGACAUGCUCGGUUCGCUACAAUCAAAGAUUUUCAGUAUUCUGAAAAUCAUCGAGAGAGACGAAGACAAGUACGAAGCCGUUGCAGAGCAUUACAAGAUUCUGCUUAACAAUCUGCCGACCGAAGAUCGCAUAACAUUAUGCUGCGUCGACAUGUAUCUGCGGCUGAAACUCGGUCAGAUGUGGACAGAGCUGAGCAGAUAUCUGAUGCAAGCCGGCAUCGCGCCGUUGAUCGUGGAUGCACAGCUGAUCGCUCAUAUGGUGCAAUGGCAUCGCUCAUGGGGUAUUUUCAUCGAGGAGCGCCAGAAGAAGCUCGUCGCGGACGCUAAACGUGCGGAAGCAUUUCUAGAGAUGGAGGAGUUUGUGAGGAUACGCGACUCCAAGUUGGCGCCGACGUUGGAGGCGUUGGGCGAGGUGGAGCACAUCCGUCGCACCACCGACAGAUCGUACAUGUUGCACAAGAAAGAUUGCCAGAGACGGCAGGUGAACGCGGCGCUGUCGUUUCCGCAAGACGCCGACGUCGAGCGAUGCCACCGAACCUUCUCGGAUAAAACGAAUGUUACGGUUGUUUUCGGACAACAUCAAUCGAUCGAUAGUUCUCACUUGAAGGACCUAACUUGCGACCUUAUGGAAUUACUUCCGGUAUCACCCCCGGAUUCAUCGUCAGAAAAAACAUUUCCUGUGCUUGACGCUUCCGGUGCUUCCGGUGAUACCCUUCUUCGUGAGGAUUUAUUUACAGAUGAAUACUUAAUCGAGUGUCUGAAUCGAUAGGCCGUUUGCGUUAUCAAUAUUGAACAAAUAUACGACUGUUACAUA